GUCGUGGGCGUAGGAAAAAAGCGAUUGGUGCUGGGGCGGGCAAAGGGCGAGUGCGCGCACGCGCACGAAUGGGAGUGCGCACGCAGGCUGCGCGGAGGGCGCCGGACUCUGGCCGCUGCUGUAGUGCGCUGAUCCUCGUUUGGGUACCCGCCCUUAGUGGCCCGGCGUUGAAUUCCGGGAAGUGGGAGCUGCAGACUCGCUCCGUGCGGGUAUGGGCGCUAAUGUGACUCGGGAUGGUUGCGCAAGGACGUCGCGGCGGAGACUGACAAGGAACCGGGGAGGAACGGGGGAGGGGAGAGACAGCGAUGGGACUCGGGAAGCCGCGGAAGGGCAGCGCCGAAUAAGCCUAAAGGGCCCGGUCGCGCGAAGGGUCGGUAGCACAGGCCUCGGCUGCGUGGAUUCGCCAGGUCGCAGGGCCCGGGCGGGGGCUGCUGCGUCACACCGGGCAACCUGGGAACGCCGAGUGUUGGCAACCGCGGUGGCCCCUCGCCGCCUCUUACGCCUGGGCGAUCUGCGACUGACGCUCCCUCGAAGCUGAUGUCUCGCACGGGCGGGGCGCCUGAGGAGGAGAGAAAAUAGGGACCCGGUUGUUGACAGCCUGCUAGACUGCUUCAUUCGUGUGUGGGUAGCCUGGUUUAGAAACGUACCACCCUUCCUUUCUAGGUUCCUCCCCAGAGGGCGGGGUGAAGGGUGCGGCGCCGAAUCGCACCAAAAAACGCUACUCGAGGGAUGUUAGUAACUGUUUCAGCUUAACUAAGUGCGUUUUAGUUGACAGUUUCUAUCGUAACUGUAAUUGUGGGCCUUAAAUACCUUCAAUGUGUUGGAUAGUAGUGUACUCGCUUUACCCGGUUUUUUGAAAACAUUGUUUUUUAAAUCAGAAUUGUUUCACUUCGUUUUUUUCAGUCUGCAGAUCGACUUGACUCGCUCGAGGUUAAUGAUUUUUGUUUUUUUCUAUUUAUAGAGGCGGGGUUUUGCCAUGUUACUGGGUUGGUCUCGAACUCCUGAGCUCAAGCGAUCCACCUGCCUCUGUCUGCCAAAGUGCUGGAAUUACAGGCGUGAGCCACAGCUCCCAGCGACGGAGGUUAAUAAUUUUUAAAAGCUUCUAAUUCCAUUGUUAAGCUAUUGGAUUUGGUGUGAAGGCCCACUUUCCAACUCAAAUGAGUUUGAUUGCAGUAAGUGCAUUCCCCAAAUAAUUAUUUUUCCUUUGUGGGAAAUAUUCCACAGUUUUAGGCUACCAGCUGUUUAAACAGUUUGGUUCAAAGCCUUCAGAGAAAUCUCAAAACAUAACUCCACAUAUAUAUUUAUUACAUAUUGAAGGGUAUAUUCACCUGGAGGAGUAGGUGAAAGCAAACAGAUGCCCAUGGCCUUUUUGAAAACGUUAUCUAUGAACAAUAAUUGAAUAGCAAAACUAAAUGGAACACUACCAUCAUUUGCAAUAAUAGAUAGCUUUAAUUCUGAGUUGUGAGGAAUAAUCAGAUCAUAAAAUCCUCCUUCCUCAAGUCCCUAAAGUUAUGAACUAAGUGCUAAUUUUUCAUGUUAAGCUUUAUGUAAAUAUUCUUAAUGAUAGGAACUUUCUGUGCCUCUAAUUUCUCCAGAGAAACUAACCAUUAACAUAUAAAGACUGUUAUAAUCAGUAUAGUUCACUUAAUAAAGUCCUCAGUUACAACUCUGA